AUGCCACCUGUAGGUGCUCGUCAUUUUCCUCAAUCGACUAGUCGACAUUCAAGUGGACGAGAUUAUCGAUCAUAUAUUCGUUUUGAUGAUCGAUCUAGACGUGAUAAACGUUAUGAACAAAAACGAAAACGACGUAGUAGUUCUCGAUCGGAUCAACAACGACGACGAGAUAAUACUCAACGUUCAUAUUCAAAAACAUUUGGAGAUAAAAAACGACGAAAAAUUGAAAGUGAUGAAGAAUAUGAUGAUUUAUUAAAAGAAGAAAAUGAUCCCGAAAAAAAAUUUCGUUUAAUUUUAAAAAAACAAAAUUCAAUUAUCAAAAAAACAUUAGCAAAAUCAUUUGGUUUGAGUACAUCUAGUCUAUCGAAGUUAUUAGUCGAUAAAUGUGAUGAAGCAAUCAAAAAUUCAAUUAUAUCAAAAUCUAAAACACAAUUUGAACGCAAACAACCUGAGGAUUCUGAACCAAUUCAAACAUCACGUGUUGUUACUGAUGAAGUUCAUUUAUGUGAUGAAAUAUCUCGUUCAGAUGUUGAUGAAAGUGAUGAAGCACCAAAUAAUGAUUAUAGUCAACAAUUUGUAAAUAUUAGUCAAAGACCACAAAAUUAUAUUCGUGAUGCUGGUCUUCAAAAUCGUUUUGAAGAAUAUCCAAAAUUACGAGAAUUAAUUCGUCUUAAAGAUGAAUAUAUUGAUAAAACAAAUCCACCACCAAUGUAUUUACGUUGUGAUUUAUUAGCAAAUAAUUUUACAUUAUCAUCACUUGAGUGUGAAUUUGAUGUUAUUCUUAUUGAACCACCAUUAGAAGAAUAUAAAAGAACAAGUGGAAUUCAUUUUGAUCGUUAUGUUACAUGGGAUGAAAUAAUGAAACUUGAUGUCGAAUCAGUAGCUGCACAACGAUCAUUUGUUUUUCUAUGGUGUGGUUCGGCUGAAGGUUUAGAUCAAGGAAGAAUGUGUCUAAAAAAAUGGGGUUUUCGACGAUGUGAAGAUAUUUGUUGGGUAAAAACAAAUCGAACAAAUCCACGAUCAGCUCUAACAUUUGAAUCUGGCUCACUUUUUCAACGAACAAAAGAACAUUGUCUAAUGGGUAUUCGUGGUACAGUUCGUCGAUCAGUUGAUUCUGAUUUUAUUCAUGCAAAUGUUGAUAUUGAUUUAAUAAUAACGGAAGAACCUGAAUGGGGUGAUCCAAAUAAACCUAUUGAAUUAUAUCAUAUUAUUGAACAUUUUUGUUUGGGUCGUCGUCGUCUUCAUUUAUUUGCACGUGAAUCAACAAUAAGACGUGGUUGGUUAUCAAUUGGUUCAGAUAUUUGUACAUCAAAAUUUGAUAAACGUAUAUAUAAAACAUAUUUUGAAACACCAAUUACACAAGUUGAAAAUUUAACUGAACGUAUUGAACAACUUCGACCAAAAUCACCACCACCAAAAGGUCUUAAAGCAAUAGCAGGAACAACAGCAACAACAACAACAAAUUCAAAUUUAAAUUCAA